CAUCAAAAUGGCGACUUCCUACUGCAAAAUUGCAAGGAGUGCCCUAAUUUUUAGGAGACGAGUCUUUGCAAAACUUAGCAGAGCCCAAUUAAAUCUUAAAAACUCGACAUGCAGGAUCACCAGAACUCCACCCAGCCACUGCCAGCUUGUCCAAUCACGGACCAGCUCCACAGCUGCCAGCCAAUCCACGCCAGGUACACUCAGCCAAUCAGAGGCCAAGGAGAAGGUCGAGACGCACCCUGUUCUAACCCUCCCGCCGGAGGACCAGGGGGUGAGGGAGCACUUCAUCCCCAUCUCCCGUCGCUCCCUGGUCCGCCUUCUGAUGCAAGAGGAGGGCCUGCUGACCGGCAUGGACCUGGAGAAGUUUGAGGAACUUUCUGUAUCCCUAGACUGGACCAUAAUCAACCAGUACCAUGGAGUGCUGGCAGAAUUAAAGCAACUCUUUGAUCCAGUCAACCCAGAUCAGGACACCAUGGCGACAAGGUUUUGGCGGAAAAAAGACGUCCUAGACAGCGAGUUCUGGUUGCUACGGAAGUUGGCUAUCGUCAUGGGUAAGGCCAACUUUCAGGAGCUGCCCAAAAGUGUGGUUGAGAAGGCUCUCGCUGAGCAUGUGUCGGGGGAAGGAGUCAGUGUAAGUGUCAACCCAAAGAAGUAUGACAUUCUCAGGUUCUGGGCUCUUGGCAAGGAGCUGCCCAAGGAGAAGGUGCCUCUGUACAGGCGCCUGUUCUCCUUCCUGUUCUACCGUGUCACUCGGCAGCAGCCCCCAGCUCCGAUUGAGUACUACAAGCGGGUCGUCCUGGCUGUCCGCCCCAAGGGUAACAGCAAGCUCAUCCUGAAGAUGUUCAAGGAGAUCCCCACCGGCGGGCUGGAACAGCUGCUGCCCGAUGGCAAGAUCCAGAUGACCCGCUGGGACCAAGGAGUCCUGGCCACCGCCAUCACCAUCGGCUCACUCAGCCUGCUGGUCAAGGGGGUGACCCUCCUGGCCGACAUCAAGCUGGACUGGACGCUGAUCACCGCCUCGGUGACGGGCCUGAUGGCCCUGAGCGCCUGGAACAAGUACAAGAACCGGCGCACGCGGUACAUGAUGCAACUGUCACGGACGCUGUACUUCAAGAACGUGGCCAACAACCGCGGUGUCUUGACACUGUUGGUGGAUCGUGCCCAGGAGGAGACCUUCAAAGAGGCGUUGUUGACGUACGUUUUCCUCCUGGCCGAGAAGCCACCAUCACUUAUGUCAGCACCUCCUCAGGACGUAGAGGGAGGCAGCAGUCCACCUGUAUCCCUUGGUGGGAUUCCGGCAUCACUACUGGAGCGCAAGGUUGAGAGCUGGGUGCAGGAACAGAGUAAAGCGACCGUCGAGUUUGAUUCGGCUGCCGGAGUCAGGCUACUGGAGACGUUCGGCAUCCUCCGCCGAGAUGAGGAGGACAACCUGAGCGUGGUCAGCGUGGAGGCGGCCCUCCACGGCCUCCCCCGACAACCGUUAUCCAUGGCAUCUCGGGAGGCAGAGCCCGAGAUGGAGGAGGGGUACGACAGGGAGAUGUUUGAGAGCGAAGAUGAUUACCGGAAAGAGGAGCGGAGAAAUAGCAGAUGGGGGUGGCGAUGAGGCAGACGAGAUGUUUGUUUGGGAGGGGGUGGGCUGGAGCACAAAGCUACUUUUGAUGCAAGAUGUAAUCAGUGGGAGCUUGAGAGGAAGGCUAGCCUUUAUGUCAAGGUAGUCAGUUGGGGCUGGAAGGUUAGGUUAGUCAUGAUGAAAGACAUCAGUGAAUGCUGUAUAGGGCUCUGGACAGAACAGUGUCCUCCCUUGAGUGGAGACAAUGCAAGAGCGUCAUCCAUAAUGUACCCUAUACUUGGGUUUGUCUGGCUCCCGAAUAUUGGCAAGAGACACGCACCGUCCAUUGCCAAUUUGUAUCAGUGCAGUUUACUGCCACUUUUGCAUGCUGUAGGGUUCCCCCAUCAUUGUUUGGUAGACUGCCAAACCAGGUCAUAACUUGACGUUUUAAUUGAGUUGCCCCAAGUGUUUCUACUGGUCCAAAAUGUAGGACUCAAAUGUGAUUCAUGUGCAAAGCAGUUUAUACACACAUGUAUGUAGCUGCAGCCAAUAUCCAUAGACACAAGUGUGUACCGCUGGACAUAGCCAGUUGGUUUGAGCAUCACUUCUGUGUCCAUUCUUCUUAUGUUUGUUGUCAGGCAGUGCAGCGCCCUCUUUAGUUUGGGAAUUGCCACCAAAACUUAAGUCAGUACCACAAAUGUGACCCACCAUUCCAAAAACAGACUGAAGUUGGUAUUAAUAGUGGACCAUUUCUCUUUCUCCCCCCCUCGUUAAUUAUCAUGCAUCAAAGUGAUCCACAGUGCAAACUUUUGUCUGCAGAGAACUUUAGUAAUCACAGGCAAUGAAGGCUGUGGAAGUUGCACUGUUCAUAGCAUACUGGUGUAAUUUUCCAGAUAAUAGCAAAAAAGAAGCCUUCAGCCUGGUUUUAGAGUUGGCAGGUCACAAAUAAUUAUAGACCACAUAGUUAUUCCAGUGGUGGGAUGAUGUCCUUGGGUAGAAAAGUUAGUAAAAAACAUGUAUUUUGAGGAACUGUCUUAAAAAAUGACAUAUUUUUUAAAAAAAUCUUGUUCUUGUGUGUGCCUUGUCCACAGAUCCUCUCACAUCAAGCCUCGCUCUGAGGAGAAAUACAGAUACGAUGGGUAUUGUUGAUGCAUUAUGGGAUAAUAUGGUGGGUGGGAGAGUUGAACAUUCUGGAGGCCUGGGGACGCUUCUUAGUCUGCGUUAAGUCCGUGCACCAUUGAAAGGAAAUGAUUUACUUGUAACAUGGAUUGAGACAAAGCCAGGCUAUGGUUGCCAUCAAGUUGGUCAAACAGCAGGGAGCAUUUUGGGAUAUAUAGGGUGAAAGCAAACCGGAUUGAACAACGUUGUUCACAAGAAUAUUUAUUUUUUCUUCUGUUCCUAUUUGGCCUGCGGUGCCAGGCCAAGGUUGCUGUAUACGUGGACUGGCUUAGCCGUGAUCUCGGCUGAGUUUCAAGCCAGGUUAAGAUGAGGAAUAUGUGAUCUUGCGAUGUCAGCAAUAUCCAUUGGCCUUGCUUCACAGAAUUGCAAUUGUGUUCUAUCUUUCCACCUUGAAUGGAAGGGUAAACAGGACUGGCCCCAGAAAUUCUCUCUCCUUUCCCCAACAAACCACGCUUCGCAUGUGACUAAAUUUGUGAGUUAAAGUAGCAAAACAAUAUAGUAGUUCAUGGCACUGAUUGCAUUGUCAGAUGCACAGCAAUCCUUGGUUGAGUGUGAAUCUAGACUAACUCCACCAAAUCCUUCAAAGUCAUGCUAUGCACGAUGUACCUUCCUCAAUCCUGCAGAUUCCUGAAAUUGGACGGAUAGUUCCUUCUUUUUGCAGACUGUUAAAAGAUGUUCAGGUUGGUAUUUAAAAAAAUUGAAACAUUUGGAAUAUUGCCAACAAAUUUGACAAAUUGUGAGAUUUUCAAGCACCUAAAAUAAUUCUGGGGGCCAGGCUAUGGCCUUUUUGCCUCCAUCUGUGGAAAUGUAGAACAUUCCAAAAGGAUACCAGCUUUACAUGUAUCAUUGUCAACAAGUUAAAAGUUACUGGCUUCUCAAUGAUCAGUGUAAUAUCUGUUCCGUUUACUAAGAGUGAAACAUGUAUCGGAGAAUUCCUGGGAUUUUUGAGACUUGCAAGUUUUGAAUUUGGGAAACUAACAGUGGUGUGAAUUGCCUUGACAACAUUGUAUGAGAACAAAAGUUUAGGCUUGAAAAAAACAUUUCCAAAGGAGUGCUUUAUAUUCAAUUAUUCAUGCAUGGGCCUUGUUCCAAUGAACCGUUUGGCAGAAAAGUUUUCUUGUUUGCUUGACUUUUUUUUUUUUAACUAUUCCCAGUCGUUUACUGAACCGUUUGAUUCUAGCAAAUAUAACAGCAACUUUUCUGCAGAGUAGCCAACCAAUUAAGACCCCAUUUUAGUUUUUGAUUUGUAAAAGUGAUUACCAAACAACCUAAAAUGUAUGUGUUUCACUCUGACUAUAUUAAAGACCACAGCUCAGCUGUUGGUCACUUUCGCAAACAUUGCGAAGAAGUGGAUAGGGUACAUGUUGGAUGGGGUAAAGGCAUCCAAUUACACUGUAAAAAGGUUGGUUAAAAAAAAUGAAAGGCCAAGAACUACAUGGUGAUGGUAUAAAAUUACCGUGCUUGUUGUUUAAGUUAAAAUUGACCAUUUUGGAAGAAUUGCCUCAGAGUUCAAGUAGUUAAUACUGAGACCGUUAUUGGGCAAGAAUUGUUUCCUUUUGAGGGGAGGAACUACAACAGUGUUAUUCCUUGUUUGCCAUAACUCUGCUGCGGUAAUAAAUGGUUAGGAUCAAGAUUACUUAAUGUAGUAUUAGAAAGGCAUUCAGCGACAGAAAGGCAGUGCAAGGUGAAUUAUUUUCACUUCCACAACAGGUUUGAUGUAGAAAUCUCUGGUGCAUUGCACUGUUACCAACAGUUGGGAAAUAAAUCAGUGUGUUUUCAUCUUUUCCUGUUAGCUGCAAGGUUUACAUGUUAUGAACAUUGAAACUGAUAUUUUUUUCGUUGUUUUUAGCAGGAGUGGAGCCAGAGUGAGUAAAGUGAUGCAUGUAUAUAAGUGCAAACCAUUUGUGUCAGUCGUGACAUCAGAUGCAUGAAACCGACUAAUAAAUUUAUCAAUAAUUUGAUUCAACUUCUUUUGGA